AUGAAUCGCGGUGCAAUUGCAGAUAUUGUGAGGAAAGAAGACUUAAUAAAGAUGCUUGGAGCAUUUCUUUUGGAGAAAGAGGGAGAAAGGGAUCGCCAGUUGGUCUCCCAGAAGAUGAGGGAACUGGGUCGCCUUCUACAACAACUAAUGGUCGUAGAAAAUAAUGAGGCGGUCCAGUUGUCCGGUUUUAUAAAGCUGGAGAAAUUUGACAUAAUAAUAAAAGCUGUUAGGGAGACCACUGGCUUUAUGCUGCCAAUUCGUGGCCAGCAAGAGGUCAAUAUUCCAUCACUCGUGUUAAAGCUUGGCCAUUCUCUAUCGAAGUGUGCUACACUUCUACACAAUCAAGCGAUUCUUGCGAGAAAUGACUUGAUGGCAAAGGAAAUAAAAUAUUUCCAAAAAUUGAUGAGGUCGGAGUGGGAGUAUAAGAUCUCGCAUCACUCCCUUUCCACAUUAAAGGAACGGAAGAUGAAUGCCGUACAAGUCCUUCCUCUGGCAGAAGAUAUGAAAAAGCUAAGAAAGUUUGGCGAAGAGGGCAUAACAGAACACUCCAGGCAACUCAAGCUAUCCCCAACGUCCAAAAACUGGACCGCACUUGUGAGGCUGCUUUUGGCGGGGGUGGUGAUGUUAAACAAACAAAGAUCUGGAGAAGCCGCAAAGCUAUUACUCAAUUCCUACCAAGGAAUACCAGCGUGGAGAAAGAGUACCACGUCAGAGAUUCUGUCAAGCCUAUCUCCAUUAGAGCAGCGGCUAUCGCAGCG